UAUCUUAUGACGAAAUGUUUAGUACUAUCCCUUAUAGUCUUAGAGCACUUCUACUAUGCUAUAUAGCAUUGGUGCUUUAAUGUACAACUCAAAAUUGUUCCAUAACAUUAAAUGUAUAAGUUUAGGUUGUACCAUAAAGCAAUUUGUACCAUUAUGUUAUGGUACAAUUUUACAACUUGAAGUUGUACCAUCACAUAAAGGUACAAGUUCAUGUUGUACGAUAAAAGAAUUUGUACAAAAAGUAUAAGUACAAUAUAAAGUUGUACCAUAACGUAAAUGUACAAUUUUAAAUUAUACCAUAAAGAUAAAUACCUAUAGCACCAAUACUAUAUAGCAUUGUAAAAUUUCUCAAUAUUCUUAUACUAUGCCGCCUAACUUCCAUAUGGGUCACCUCAACAAUCAACCAGAUAAGAAAAUGUAGUUCUCACUCUGCGGUGGCGCCCAUUAUUGCGAAAUCCAUAGUUUCUUGCUCCCCAAGUUGCCAUCGUAAAAGGUCAAGCAAGGCGGCUAAACUAUGCUGCACAUUAUUGUAAUGGAAUAAAGCCAAAGAUCAUGGCAGUCCGUCAUUGACAGGGCCGCCACAGCCACUCUGUCCAUCUUUCCAGGCAAUUCCUCUCAUACUCCAAUUACCUUCAUCUCAUCUCCCACAGCAAUCCUAUUUAUUCACACCCCAAAUUGACCAGACAGAGCAAACAAAUUAGAAACAAGAAAAUGGACCCAGAACUGAAAAUCGAAAACCUUCCCCAAAUCACCCUCCGGCCGUUGGGCGUCGCCGACGUCGACGAUUUCAUGGUGUGGGCGAUGGAUGCGAGAGUGGCCCGAUUCUGCACGUGGGAGCCGUACACCAGCAGAGAAGAUGGUCUGAAUUACAUUCAGAACACGGUCGUUCCCCACCCGUGGUUCAAAGCAAUCUGCCUCAACGGCAGGCCGAUCGGCGCCAUUUCCGUGACGGAGAAUUCAGGGGGCGACGCCUGCCGCGGGGAGCUGGGCUACGUGCUGGCGUCGGAGUACUGGGGGAAAGGGAUCACGACGACGGCGGUGAAGAUGGCGGUGAAGGCGGUGUUUGAGGAGCGUGGGGAGAAGUUGGAGCGGGUGGAGGCAUUGGUGGAUGUGGACAAUGUUGGGUCGCAGAGGGUUUUGGAGAAAGCUGGGUUUUGCAGGGAAGGUUUGCUGAGGAGAUAUGUGGUUUUGAAAGGAAGGACUCGUGAUAUGGUGAUGUUUAGCCUUUUGUCUACCGAUGUUGGGAUCUUGUAGGGAGGGAAGGCAGUGAACUGAGUCCGUUGGGAUUGUUUGUUUGUUUGUUCUUUUAGGGUUCCUCUGUUUCCCCCCUGUAAUGCGAAGGGAACAAUCUUGUGAGAGUGUCAAGUCAAUGUUUGGGCUUUCUACUCCUUAGUUUAUUAUUACCGGAUAAGUCCACUCGAUGCGCUUUCCGUCAAGUGAGUAGUGUGAGAAAACCUAAAAUGAAUCGUUAAGACAUUAUUAUUGCGAUUCUCUUAUUUUUUAAUGAGUACUAUUAUAACGACACGGUUCUCUCAGCUUGUGAGUGUCAUCGGAACUAGCAAAUGCAAAUCACUAAUUAUUUUUAAUUGAAUGUGGCAAUGAAAGAUUUCCCUAUUGUCAUUCUAUUUGAGCUCGAUAGAGAGAAAUGAAGAAUGACUUCAUUA